UACUUAUUCACAGUCUAAAAUAAGAAGGUAUUUACCACGUAGUCAAGUACAUAGCUUCUUAGAUAUAUGAAAAAGACAAUAUAAAAUUCACGAGAAGACCACCAACCUUGUCAACAUCAAAAACAUUUACUACACUCGAGACUAUAAGUUAUCGUCGUUGCUAUAUACAUCGACCCUCAUUGUCACUUUUAAUAUAAGCAAGGCAUUUCCACUAUUACUAUGAAAUUGAUCAGACUCGCCGUCCUGUCGGUGGUGACCGUGUCCACCAUUGCAGCAACGCCGAUCCCUAAAAUUAGCUCACAAAUCAGCUCACGAGCUGCAGAGAUUUGCUCGACCGUGAAAUUAACCUCGUACAUGGACGUGGAUUGCGAGGGAAGUGUGCUCAAUCCAGCUGUAUCUGUGCCAACCAAUGGAGAUUGCACACUAAUAUCCUCCAAAACAGCUCCUUCCAAAAUAUAUGCAGUUAUCGACGUAUACCGUGGUCUCGGCGAGUUGUACUAUUUUGCUGAUGAUAAGUGCAAAACCUCCACGGGCUACGGCGAGGGCAUUAUCUUUGGCGAGAAGGAAGAGAUGGUAUUAGAUGAGGACACCAAACCUUACUGCUUGAGUGAUCCGGACACGAGUUUCUCGAUGCAAUUUGAACCAUGCGCUUAAGUCUAAAUGGCAAUAUAACUGUGCCAACAAACGGUUGUUUACCAAAGAAUACACAGGCUAAGUGUUAUCCCACCGAAAACCUCAUCCAACCUGGCAUUGAAGUUGGUGACAGAACGACUUGACUGACUCUUCGGCAUCGGUUUGACACCGCCUGAUACAUGACGAGAGAAAAUCUUUCAAAGUGUAAAAUGAAUUCCGCGAUUGUGUGGAGUGGAUAUGCUGCUGUUGCAGUUAAAUGACGAUAGGUCUUAAGGACUCAAUGAGAAUUACUGCCGUCAAAUGACAUCGGAUUCGUAAUUCCGUUGUAUUGCAUACUAGAGCAGUUUAAUAGGUUUUGGCACAACAAUCCCUGACCAUACGAACUGUUGGUGCGAACUACUGCUUAACUUCCGCAGUUCUUGCACACAUUGCAGAAAUAAAUGUGGAAAUACAUACCCGAAAAUGCGACGAGCUAAUAAAUUGAUUUACUGCUGCAGUUUAUAAUGCAGAUUUGC